UUUGCUUUGCAGUUUUGUUUACAGACGAACACAAGUUAAUCAUCUUUCAUCUACAUCAAGAUACAGGGCAGCAUCCCACAAAAUGAAUGGGAGUCUUAAAGAAUUCAUCUUGAUUGGAUUCUCUAGUAUGAGCGCGGAGUACUACACGUUGAUAUUUGCCGCAGCUUUACUUGCGUAUGAAUUAACUGUGUGUGGGAACUUGAUGUUAGUAGCUAAUAUCAUGUUAGAUAAAAAGCUGCACAGCCCCAUGUAUUUCCUUGUAUGCAAUUUAUCAUUGGCUGAUAUUUUUUUCGUAUCAACUACGCUUCCCAAAUUAAUGUCAAGAUACCUCCUGGACGACAAAGUAAUUUUAUAUAAUGGGUGCUUUACACAGAUGUACUUUUUUUUAUUUCUUUCCUCUCUGGAAGCAUAUAUUCUUAUUGCAAUGGCGAUUGAUCGUUUUUUAGCAAUCUGCAAACCUCUUAGGUAUCCGGUUUUAAUGAACAGUAGAAACAGCAUUUUGCUUGCAGCAUUUCUCUGGACUUUAGGCUUCAUUACACCUAUCAAGUCUGUUUCAUUAACUCAAACUAUGGAUUUCUGUGGCCCAAACAAAAUCUAUCAUUGCAUUUGUGACUAUAGUGCAGUACUCAAACUUGCCUGCAAUGACAUUUCUCCGUUAAGUAUCCAGGGGCUGGUGACUGCGUUAUCCUUAGUGAUAAUUCCGUUUUCCUUUAUUGUCUUCACAUAUGUAAAAAUUGGAAUUGCAGUGAGUAAACUUAAAAGUUCGGGAAGGGCUAAGGCUUUCUCUACGUGUGUCGCUCAUCUAGUUAUUGUGUUUUGUUUUUAUUUCUCAGAGGCAUUUGUUUUUAUUUCUUACAGAAUUCAAAACGUAUCGACAGAUUUGCGUAUUUUAGGUUCUCUGCAGUAUGCGGUGCUACCGCCUCUGCUAAACCCUUUUAUAUAUUCAUUUAGAAACAAAGAUAUACGUGACGCAAUUAAAAGGAAGCUCAAAGGAAACCUGAUCGAAAAACAUCAGAUCGAAGUCACAGUUAUAAGAAAUUAAAAUUUAUCAGUUAACGACUGGCACCACCAGGACCAGGGUUUCAGCUAAUCGGAUACCUCGAGAGCAACAUCCAUGCCUCAAGGGCUUAAGGUGACACAUUGGGAUUCCUUGUUUUACAUUUCGGAUAUUAUUUUAGAAAGAAACACUGCAUUAUUAACAGUGUAAAUUGAAACCUUUUGAAAUCAGUUGCAAAAAAUUCCCGGUGGUCUUUGGUUGAUUUAGUCAAUACGGGGCUUUGUUCUUAUAUAUAUCUUGAAGCGCAACAAUUUGUAUCCCCAUUGCUCACUCCAUUUUUUGCGAAAUAAUAGUUUCAUAAAUAAGUGCAUUUUUUGGUAAUAGUUAUCAGUUACAACAUCUUUGAUAAUUAUAUAGGUGUUUAACUUUAGGCUUCGUUCAGAGUUGGGUAGGUCCUGCCUUAAAUCCGACACAUUUAGGUUCACCAGUAAAUUGCUGGUGGGACGUUUUCAUAAAAGGAAUAUAAUAAAAACACCACCAACAACAAAAACAACCAUACUAACGGAUUGUUGCUGUUUUUAUUAAAGUAUAUAGAUGAAGAGGAAUCAUGUUUAUUGUGCAUUAUAUUGUUCACAGUGAGCCUUAAUA